AUGUCUUGCGUACAUUAUCAGCAAUCAAAUCCGUCGAAGGAGAGAAAUUACUUCGAUGGCCAAUACAGUAACCGUUACAAUUUACUUCCGCAAUAUACACCGCGAUCUGACAAUUAUAGAAGCGGUGGGUAUCGUGACUUCGUAUCCGAGGCGGCCAAUUCAUUACGUUAUUGUACCACAGGAUGGAGAGAAUUAGAAUUUCAAGGGAAUCAAGUGGAAACUCCAACAUCAGGAAGAGGUGAAGCAUCUUAUGGAGAUGCUCGAUUACAAUCAGGAAGGACUGCACCGACCUAUAAGCAGGAGACGACAAAACAUGGGGACGCGAUCGUGAUGGAGAAGAUACAAACGAAAAUGAAAUUCCUGGAGGACAGCAAUAUUGUGAUGCAGACGCGUAAUCAAAAUCUUAUCACCGAGAACAAAGCCCUCACGUCACAAUUGAAAGAAGAAAGGAGUGAGAUAAAAAGAUUAGAGAAGAGGUUGACGUUGCUUCGAGAGGAGCUCGAUUUUGAAAGAUCGAAGAUUGAGGAGAUAAAGAAAGAAGCAGAAGAUGGAAAAAGACAAAUGUCAAUGGGUAAAAAUAUCGAAACAUCAACUACGAAUAUCAUACAUAAGGCUGAUCGUGGAGUACAAGUUUGGGCAGUAUGCAUGGGUUGUCAAAGAAAAUUGGAAAGUUGUGAGAAACAACCUCCUACUGUCACAAUUACGAAGUCAGAAUUGGAAGUAUUGGAAAAGGAUAUGCAAACUCUUCGAGAUACCAUAAUCGCACGAGAGGAAGCAUGGGAUAAGGCAAUGGAACGAGAGCAUAAUUAUAGGCAACAGUUGACAAGAUUAACUACAGAGACGAUCACAGCUCGUCAUCUUUCGGAAACUCGCAACGACGAACUCAAAGUUGCGACAAACACAUUAAUGGAGAAGGAAUCAGAGUUGAAGUCGUUACAGAAGGACAACUUGUACCUGAACAAAUUAAUCGCGAAACUGUACAAUUAUCAAAGGGGACAAGAGGGAUGUCAAAGGAACAUUUUGGCAGCUGAAUUAAAUGAGAAAGAUCAAAGAUUUAUCGAAGAAAUCAUUCGACGAAUAAACGGGAAAAGUAAGCAGAAACCAAAAUCGAAAAGUUGCUGUUCAGCAGAGAAAACAGUACAUUGUUGCUCUCAUCAAUCUACUCCUCGUGAGAAGAGUUCGAGAUCCACAAGAGAGCAGUCAGGUUAUUCGAAAGAGAUAAAACGGUAAUGGUGACUUUAUAUAAAAGUCUUUUAUAAUAUCAAAAUCUUUUAUUGAAAAUGAAAAAUCAUAAUUGUAUAUAAAAAAAAAAAAAAUUUUAAGGA